CUCGGGCAUCUGCUGAAACAAGCCGCAGGAGAUACAGGAAGAUCGCCGAGGUGUCAAUACUUCAGAGAUGGCGUUUCCACCGCCCGAGUGGAGAGUGUUGCAAUUUCGAUGAGGCCCGAGCUCCCUAUCACCAGAGCCCUGUAUUGACUGUCUUUCGUCACAUAUCGAAGUAUAAAGAUUGAGAUGCUGUCCAGCCUCACAACUCCGAGUUCCGGCUGUAGCCAUCAGCUUUGAGCUCCGUCGAUAUAAAGACGCAAACAGGCGCGUGGUUGCAAGCCAUCAGAUUUCGACAUGACAAGCAUAUUUUAUAUUGAGAUUGGACAAUCAAGCGGUCCCCCGAGAGAUCCACGCCCAUUUUCGGGCAUUUGGGGUUGGCCAGCUGCAAAAUCGAACACGGUAGUUGGACUCAACAGUGUACCUUGUCCAGCUCAAACACUUGCGACUUGUUGGGAAAUUUUCUUUGCGACUUUUGGUUCUCUGCUGUGUUCAUCUUAUGCCAUUCAUCAUGAGGAGCCAUACUUCACGGAUGCUGGGUCAUCUAUGGCAAUCAAUCCCAAAUACCUACGUUACUUCUCGUUCGUUCUGGAUCCAUCACCAGCUCUAAUGCUUUUUGCUUGCCUUAUUCUCGGUUGUUCCAUAUCUUCAUUUGCAUAUCGACGGCAGCGAGAAGACAAUUACCAGGACCUCAUCUUCGUCCUCGCAGUUACAUUCUCUACUAUAUUUGGACUCGUACUAGGAAUCAAUGCCAAUCUAAUUAUGCUGGGUCUCAUCCCCUGGGCACUCUGUAUCGCGAUGAUGUGCAGUGUCGCCAUCCAUUGGGCUGCGAGGCGCCGUACUCGCAAAAUAUAUACACGCAUCCAAUGCUGUGAAUUCGGCGAGAAGAUGGAGCUUCCACAUCAAAUUGAUGAAAAACAGUGAGGAUUCAAUUCAGGGGACGAUGUGACCAAAAACCAUUUCAAGUUUGUGCUUAUCGGUACUGGGUGUACCAGAGAAGGUGGUUUCGCGCUUUCUUUCCCUACGGUGGUGGCGUCAAAUCUAUCACCCC